AUGUUCAAGAAACGAGAGAUCCAAGAGAUGAUCGACAAGGGGAGGAUCAAGCCGCUAUCCCCAACCGAGAUCGCCCGGCAAAAACGCAUCCACAAGGUGAAGUCCGACGCGGCCCGGGAGUACCUCAAGGUCAGUGAAAAUCGAGAGUGGAUGGUCAAACACGGCAAGCAGUAUCUAGUGGACUUCACCCAGAACGAACUCAAAGCCAUGAAGAAGUACUUUAACGCCCUGGAUGAAAAAAAUGAGGGCAGCAUCGGAGCCAAGGAAUUGGAAGAACUGCUGAUUUCGAUGGGGCUGGCAGAAAACGCGGUACAGGUCAGGAGGCUGAUCGAGACGGUCGAUGAAGACCGUUCCGGCAGGAUCGAGUUCGACGAGUUCAUGGAAAUGAUCAAGUCGGAGGGCAACGCCUAG